AGCGCCAUCGGGAUUUGUGCAGUUUUAUGUUGAUAUUUUCUUUCAUGUAUUGAUUAGACGUGGAAAAUCUUUGACAAUUACAAGUUUAUAAUAGCAUUCAAGUGCGUGACUGAAAGCAAUACAUUAUUUUCCAUUUUAGUGCCGUAAAUAAUUGUUUAAGUUUGUGACAAUUUGUUUUCAACCGUGGCGACUUUGCGAGGGACUUCAGAAAUUUGACAAUUUAAAAUGGCGGCCUCGUUUGAACUCAAAAUUGUAAGAGGAUUUUUGAUGUAUUAUGCAUGGUGUUGACCCGAAAAGUGUUGUUAAAAUCUCAGUGUGAAGUGAGAAAUAUAUUUACUUCAAAAUGGAUCACAAUUUGGAUGACUCACUGAAUUUGGACAGCGCUAUGGGAGUGGACUUUGAGCCCCCUGGAGAUGUUGUGGUCAGCCAAGCAGACAUUUCACUUGAUGCACACUCGCAUGAAGCCAACAUGCCAAUGGAGUUUGAAUCCAUUGAGGAACAACCAAUGCUGAUGGAUGCGGAGAAUGAACAAAUUAUUGGCUAUUCCGAUGACCAGUUUAAUCUUCAAGAUUUUCAGCAUCAUGAUGAUCACACUGGUGCCAACACAACUGUAGUCUCCAGUGAACAGCCCAUGUCACAAGCAGAUACAUUGCUAGACAUGCCAUUUGAUCAGCAAGUAUUCACUUCCACUGCACCCGUUGAAAUAAAACCUCAGCAAGUGCAGCAGCCAAAAAUAAUUUCAGUCAAGGUAAUAGAGAAUGGCGAAUCACAGCACCCACGCAAACAGAAUCUGUCAGCGGCCAUACCGCAACGCAUCGCAGCCAAGAAGGAAUCCGUAGUGGUGCACGCAAUGCCUCGGCAGGUGGCCAUCGCGCCCAAGCCGGUGCCAAAGCCGCUCGGACUCAAGCCGCUGACCCUGGCCUCAGCGAGGCCCCCGCAGCUUGUCAAGAAAGUCUCCAUCGCCAGCGUCACUGGGGCUACGCAAGGAAAGACUGUGUUGGCUCAAAUAGGCAAGCAGCUGGUCAUGGUUCCUGGCACCAACCAGAAGCUCAAACUGGUGGCAGCCCCAAGUGGAGUUUCCAACAUACAGUAUAUAAGAGCCAACCCAAAUGAUCAGGCACAACUAAUAACUACAAAAAAUAUAUCUGGAGCAAAGCCAGUGCUAACAAAAUUCAUCAUACAAGGGCAGGGUAGCGACCCGUCGAACCAGCCGGCGGUGAUCACGAAACUAGUGUCGUCGGCGCCGCAGGCCCGCUUCGUCACCAUGACGCAGAAAACCGUGCCCAUCUCCAUGCCCAACAAGGUUCUCGUGGCGUCGCCUACGAAACAGACGGUGCGGAUAACGAAAAAGCAACACAUCGUCGAAAUCAAAUCACCCACCACCGCCAAACUUGUUCCGACGUCACAAACAGGGGGUACAAAGAAAGUUGUCAUCACUGCAGCUCCCUCACAAAAUGUGAUUCUCAAAACUACCGCUCCACCUAAAACUCCUCAGGUCAAUAAGGAUGGUAAUAUUACUAUACAAGGCCAGAGAACGCAGCUACAUCAAAUUAACGUUCCAGGCAAAGGCAUCCAGUACAUCCGGCUGGUGACGAGCGGCGCCGGCUCGGCGGCGAGCGCGGCCGCGCGCCUCAAGCCCGCGCCGCCCAAGGCUGUCAUGCUCACCGACGCUAAAGGCAAUGUGCUUCAAAUGGCCGCCGAGAAGGUGCAGAGCAAUCAGCCUCCACCUCUUGUCAUUUCCGGGUCCACUUCAUCUAUCAAUGUCAAUAAACUGAGCGCGGCGCCGGCGCGGGCGCAGCAGAAGCUGGUGCGCAUCGCGCCCGUCGGCUCGGCGCCCGCAAGAGCCGCCACCCAGUCUACGAGCGCGCGGCCCCUGCAGAGCCUGCUGGCGCCGCGCUCGCCCGCCCCGGCCGCCCCGGCCGCCGCCGCCGCGGCCGACAGAGCCGAGGACGCGGAGGACUCCAAGGCGGGCCUGCGGGACCUGCUGCGGCAGGCGCAGCGGGACGACGCGCAGCAGCCCAGACCAGAAGUACAAGUGGAGUUCGAGCGGCAGCAGAGCGAAGAAGAUUCCCGGUCCAACAGCCCUGAAGCCACCCCGGAGUCCCUGGAGCCGCUCAUCGUCAUCCCCAACUACCUGAAGCCGCAGGAGAUACUGCCUGAUGAUUUCACUGUCAGGGAUGACGGGAAGGGUUUCCACAACUUCGACAUGCAGACCCUGAACCAGACCUUCAACUCGUACCAGGCGCCGCCCACGCCGCAGCCUGUACCCUCGGAGAGCGACCUAAUGUCAACAGAUCUGGGAAUGCGGCCGCGCAAAGCCUGCAACUGCACCAAAUCGCAGUGCCUCAAGCUGUACUGCGACUGCUUCGCCAACGGCGAGUUCUGCCACCGCUGCAACUGCAACAACUGCCACAACAACCUGGAGAACGAGGAGCUGCGCCAGAAGGCCAUCCGCGGCUGUCUCGACAGGAACCCCAACGCCUUCAGGCCAAAGAUCGGCAAGGCGAAGAGCGGCGGGCCGGAGAUCGUGCGGCGCCACAACAAGGGCUGCAACUGCAAGCGCAGCGGCUGCCUCAAGAACUACUGCGAGUGUUACGAGGCGAAGAUCGCGUGCACGGCGAUGUGCAAGUGCGUGGGCUGCCGCAACGUGGAGGAGUCGCUGGCGCGCCGCCGCGAGCGCCGCGACGCCGUGUUCCGCCCGCAGGCGCUGCCGCACAUCAACUUCAUGACGACGGAAGUGAUCGAGGCGGUGACGCAGUGCCUGAUCGCGGCCGCCGCCGAGCCCAGCAACACCGAGCUGUCGGUCGUCGACCCCGACCCCGUGCGUGACGUCAUCGACGAGUUCAGCCGCUGUCUGCAGGACAUCAUCAACGCCGCGCACCACUCCGCGCCCAUGCUGGACGAGAGUCGAGCGUGAUAUUCGAGGGUGAGGCGUACUCAGAGCUAGCGGCCAUUUUAAAACGUGAUACUGUUUGUUACUAGGAUAAGACAAGUGUGAGUGGACAAGAGUCAAACUGUGGGAAUCGUGUGUGAGUGCAUUCAACAUUACAUAAGGAGAGAGGCCAAAAUAUAUUAUGCAUUUGAUGCAAUUCCAAAGUAGUUAAAUCGAUUUGAGAAUAUUUCAAGUUGAAAUAAAUGUCAUAUACAAAGAAAAAGUGACCGAGGCCUCCAAGUGUUCAAAGCUGAAUUCGAACCAGCGUCCUCCGUUAUCGCGACGGAUGCCUGAACCACUCGGCCAUUCGGACACGGUGGCAAGGGUCGAAAUUUUCAAGUAUAUGACACAAUUACCGAAGGCUUAUACAAAUUAAAUUAUUCUCUAUGAGGAUAAAUUAAUUUGUUCUAAGAAUUUCAAGUUGGUUUCGGCAUACUUUGCCUCAAGAUCAAUUAGGGAGUCGCCAUUAUAAUUAAUCUCAUUAUUCAAAGAGAGAGUAAAACGUAUUGAACCGACGUUUUAUUCCCUGUAGGAGGGAUUAUGCAAUGUUUUGAACUUUGCUUAACUUUUAACUGAUAUUCAACAAAGCGUGCAGACGCGGCUGUUGUGAGGUCGUAAUCAGCAAAUAAACGAAUCAAUCAUGUAUAAAGCACACUAGAUUAAAUCGCAUAAUUUUGAAUCAAAGUAUCAAGUUUAAAACUUUUGCUGAUUGCUUAGCGAUUGGAUUUUAUUAUUAAUUGUCACUUGAAGACUGCUAUGGAAUUUUGUAGUGUAUAGACGCGAUGAAUUGCAUGAUUACUUUGUAAAUAUUAGUAAAAUAAAGCUGUAGGUAAAUAUCAGAUUUUUAUUUUGCAUUUUAAUGUCUAUAAACCUCAUCUUGAAUAUUAUGGAAUGUAAAUGAAUGUUUUGUAUAGGCCUGUUUGUAAAUACCUACUAGCGAUAAGAACUAUUUUAUACCUUUAGACUAAGGUAAUAAAUGUUUAUAGAAUAAUAUAAUAAAUGCAAUGUUUACAUAGUUUGUGUUUUUACUAAA